AUGCCGGACGAAGCCACAGAAAGCGCCCAUUCCGCCUCUGCUCGGGUGUCCUCUUUUUUCAUCGCGAAUUUGUUGGGAGCCAAAGGCCAGGACGAGCAGAAGCUGGACAGCGCCGACGACGACCACAAAGAGGCAAGAGCACAGAGCGGGUUUGCCAGUAGCCAUUGUUCAAUUGCCUGCUGCCAGUGCCAGCUCUCCCACUUCGGCCUCGGUCUGCACCGCUAUCCUUUCCGAGAAGGCACCGUGGACUGGUACAGAAGAGCGCACGUGGCUUUCCUCGGGUGCGCCAGUCCGGAAACCAGCGACAGGGACUCUCCGGAGAUCGCCGAAGAGGGGAAGGCGCCGGCGGCGGCGGCGGGAGGAGAUGAGCAGCCGGUGGCGGAGCUGAGCCCCGCCGCAAGGAGAGAGGAGCCGGGGCGCCGCGGCGCUGGCGGCGGCGGCGGCGGCGGCGGCAGCCCCGAGAAGGAGCGCGCGGAGGACUGCGAGGCGGGCGAGGCGCGGGCCGCCGGGCGCAAGAAGAAGACGCGCACGGUGUUCAGCCGCAGCCAGGUCUUCCAGCUGGAGUCCACCUUCGACGUGAAGCGCUACCUGAGCAGCUCCGAGCGGGCCGGCCUGGCCGCCUCGCUGCACCUCACCGAGACGCAGGUGAAGAUCUGGUUCCAGAACCGCAGGAACAAAUGGAAAAGGCAGCUGGCCGCGGACCUGGAAGCCGCCAACCUGCCGCCCGCGGCCCAGAGGAUUGUCCGCGUGCCCAUUUUGUACCACGAGAACUCGCUCGCGGGCGCGGGCGCGCUGGGGUGCUUCCCCCUGCCGCCGCCGCCGCCGCCGCCGCCGCCCCACGGCUCCCCGCCGCUGGGGGGGGCUCCCAGCGGCACCACGUACCCCCUGGCCACCUUCCCCGUGGCAUCGGCUCCGUUCCUGAGGUCGCCGGUGACAGGACUCGUUUGA